GUUGGUGAAGAGCAUGCCUGCAAGGCUUUUGAAGCCUGGCAGUCAGGGCCCGUCCCUCGAGAAAUGCCUCAAAGGCAUGGUGGCGCUAGGUUGCAGGGUCGAGAAGGACAAGGCCCUCAUGAAGGCCCAUGCUCUGGCAAAGUUCAACUCCGCCCGGCCCAUCCUUGCUGCAGGGCUCUAUUCGGUGUGCCAAGAUUUCCAAGCGCAAGUUGCCGGUUGCCUUUACGCAUAUGUGAAUGACGGGGAUUUGAGGCGGGGGUUCCCCGCUUACUGGGAGCCGUUUGAGCGUUUCAUCGAGCUCUUGGACUCCGACAGUUGGGAGGUUGUAGGUCAGGCUGCGCUGGGUAUUGCGGCGCUGUGUCACGCCCCAUUCGCGUGUCCUGGCUCCCCUCAGCUCUUUCACCAACUCGAGUUCUUCAAGCUAGGGGCGGUUGACAAAAUGAUAGCCCUCAUCUCUGACCCGCAAACCAAACGCUGGUCCAGGUCCUACACACGGGAGGACGCGCAGAUGGAGCUAGCCUACGCCCUGACCCCUUUCCUCGAAAAUAGUGACAAUCUCAUCGGACCAGAGGCCCCUCAAAAAGUGCUUGGGGCGCCCGGGCUCAUCCCCCGGUUGGUCGAGCUAGCGUCCUGCUCUGAGAGAGAAGGGGAGGUUCAGCGGGUGGCUCUACAGUGCCUAGUCUUAACAGCGGAACUGAGUCCCCAAGUCGCGGAGGUGGUGCUUCGGGCCGGAGCGAAAAAAGUGGCAGAGAAAGCGUUGAAGCAGCCCUUUGCCGGGCCAAAGAACGAUGGAGAUCAGCAAUCGAAGCAGCGAGCGGCCACGUUGUUAAGGAUUCUAAAGGACGUAGAGAUUGCAGCGCCGGAAGAACAAGCCCCGUCUUCCUCGACCCCUUCCCGCCGUGCUCAAGGCCUGCCCAGCCUGGAAGACAUUGACCGACUCAGCGUGAAGGAGCUCAAAGGACUGCUGCAGCAACACGGGGUGGGUUGCCAGGAGUGCCUCGAGAAGGCGGACCUGAAGCGGAAAGUCCGCGCCCUAGUUGGAAAAUCGGCAGCACAGCCGAGCCCCGAAACGCGGCCACCAGCUGCGCGGUCGAGCGGUGAAGGGCGUUUCACCUUUCAAGAGGCCGCCGCGAGCAGCACGUCUAGUAGCAGCGCGGCUGCCCCUGUCGCUUCGACCACCCCUGAGGGAAGCGCUGGGAAAACGAGGCUACCAAGUCUGUGGUCGGUCUCGGGCCUGAGCAUCAAGGACUUGCACGAGAAGCUGAAGGCGCUGAACGUCAGCACGGCCGGCUGUGUCGAACGCCAGGACCUCGUGGACAGGCUGACGUCAGAGCUGGAGAGACGAGCGGCGGACCCCGACUUCUUCCCGAGCUUGGACCAGGGCCUAGGGCCCCCAGCACAACCCUCCGAAGACGUUGCGACCAUCUCCGCCUUCAUGAGCGUUUUGGGCACUCCCGCACACAGACAGGCGCGGCGGACUGCCAACCAGAUGCUUCAGAAGCUGCUGCAGAAAGGCGACCUUCCAAAAGACACGACUCUGGAGGGCGCUGCGCAGCUGAUGAUGAGGGGCGGGAGUUCCAACGCGCGCCUGAGCGGGCUUCGGGUGGUGAAGGCCGCCAUCGACGAGCUGCCUUCCCAUCAGGCGCGGCGGGAUGCAGCUGCGGCGGGCAUGUUGAAAGCGACCGUGCGGCUGCUGCAGGAGGUUCACAGAGAGCUGCGCGUGGAAGUACUGGAAGUGCUAAGCAUGUUCACCAGGAGCCCGUCUCUAUCAGCGCAGGUCUGGAACUUCGGUGCGAUGGAAGCGGUCCUCGAGGAGCUCAGGCGGCCCGUUGUGCUCGAGGCUAUUGCAGCGCAGUCUCCGGACGUUGUCGGGAAAUCUGCGGACCUGUCGGCGCCGGUCCGAGCGUGUCUGUGCCUGUUCGCGGACAUGAUGUGGCCUGCGCGCGUGGAGGAUCAGCUUGUUGGAAACACCGGCAUGCCCUUCAACUCGUUGAACGAACUGACGGACGCCUUCACCCGAAAACUCAACCGCUGGUUGGCGAAGCACGGCGUAUACGACACCAUCGGAAAGCUGCUGACGAUCGCCCGCCUCAAAAGCUGGAACGCCACGUGGCAAGGUUGCGAGGCCAACAGCGUGGUUCAUCACGGGAUGCGCCUCUUCCUCCAAGUCCUCAUGACCACGGACCAGCAAGACAAGAUAUUGUCCAUGCCCGGUAUGGCCGAGAACCUGGUUUACCUGAUCGAGCAGUGGGAGACGUCCGAGCCCGAGUGCACCCUGGCCUGCUCCUUUCUGGUCCAAGUACGGAACUUGCAAGAUGGGCUUACGACAUUCUGCACACGGGACGAGAUCUUCCGAGUCGUGCGGGCGCUGAAAGAUUCCACGCGGCGUCGAGAAAAGUCUCGCUACACAGAAGCCCAUAGUUCGUUGGCAGACGCACUAGUUGACGACCUGAAAAAGGAGCGCUACCCGCCCCCCAUCGGCCCAGCCCGCUUCUGGUGCAACCGCUUGAAGGAGGCGCCAGACACGGACGCUGCCGAGAGGAUUGUGAAGAACUUGUUGGGGUUUUCGGAGACGCUCCCGCCCAUGGCCAAUGAUCAGCAGCUGUACGAGCUCGAGUUCUGGCCCGCCCUCGCCCGCCAAGUCGUGCGCGCCAGCCCCAACCGGCGCUUCCUCCUUAUUACCUUUGCUGAGGCCUUCAACCUAUACCCGGAGUCGAAGGGGAUCCCCCUAGAACCCGGUGUGAAGAGGAUCUGGAACAUUGUCGAGCCCCACCGGUCGAACGUGACGCUGCAGCUGCUGAGGGCGGGGAUUGUACGGACGCUCGAGCCCGUGUGCCACGUGGAUGAGACGGCAGCCCACGUGAUGCACUUCUUUCAGUACCUUCCGCAAGAUGCAAAGGUUGGCGGCCCGAUUGCGAAAGCGCUUCUGACGGACCCCGACCUAAUGCCGUUCCUGCUGCGCUUUGCCCUGCUGGAAGAGGGCUGUGCCCUGGGGGUCGCCCUUGCCAAGCUGGCGGUCAAGGCGCUGCUCAGCGUGAGCCCCUCCGAGGGCAGCGGAAGCACCGUACCCGACAACCGGUUCUCCCUUACAAUCCGCUCGGAGGUGGAUCCGGAGCGACCAGAGGACAGCCUCAGGUACGACUACCAGAGCGGCAACAUCUUCGUUGGCACGGCACACGUGCGGCGCGUGUCCGCUUCCGUGGCCGACUUCAUGAGUAACGGCCACGAGAUCAUCACGGAGUACAACCAGGCGCACCCGGACCGGCCGUACCAUUGGAAGUACUUCGAAAAGUCGGAGCCGCGCGUAACGAAAUACUGCCACACGCCUCCGCAGCGCAAGCCGAGGGAGUGCGCGAUGUGCGCCAAGUCGCCCGCCAAGUCCAAGUGCGCACGCUGCCAGAAGACGGUCUACUGCAGCAAGGAUUGCCAGCUGGCGGACUGGCCGAGCCACAAGCUGAAGUGUCAGCGCAAGAGCUCUUGAGCUGCAGACAAGCUGCCCACGAGCUGCGGUCGUUAUCAUAAGCGGCUCGGUGUGACGAGCGACCCUGUAUCAGCCCACAGUGCGCUAAGUUUGCUUGGGCCGCCCGAGCAAUUGCAGCCAACAUGCCGUCCAGGCAGGUGACAUCGGCGCCCAGAUCGCGGCCGCAAGUACAGCCGUUGGAGACCGUGACAUCAAACAAGGAUAUCGCGACAGCUCACACUGCACAUGCUUGUGCUCCGCGGCUGCUGCUUGCACUGGGCGUCGACAAAGCGAGCGACUGCUGCGGGUGAAAACAGUCCGUGCGAGUGACCGCCAAACAGCGCUCUUGAAAGGGGCAAACGAAGUUAGGGGCGGAUUUUUGCGGAGGUUCAAGGAUAACCAAGGUAACCAGUUACGUUUGGAGUUUUCGCUGUCCGGGCAAGAGCGCAUAGGAUGGAUGAACUGAGCCGGGGGUGAAAGGAAGCUAUCCGAGAAAGAGUGCCAUCUGAUCCAGACGAGCGGCUGAGAACCCACGGAUUCUCGAUUUGUGGGCUUAGAAGAGUUGCACGACAUCCAAUGAAAGGACAGAGUCGACGCUACGUCCAGUAACCCUGUUAAGUUAUCUCUUCUAAUGGUAACUUAAGCGGUUCGAGAAAGCAGACGGGCACCACGGGAAUCGACUUUCUACGGUAACCUGUUGCAUGGUAGACAUUUGACCUCAAGCCCAGCCGUGCAGUAAAGGGCCGGCAUUCGGCCUCACCAUAGAUGCAUGUGCAAACCGUAGAUGUAUGCAUAUUUCGAGGCAUUCGGCCUGCCGCAGACUUCUAAGAGAAACAUCAGUACGCAGUCGCC